AUGGCUCCCGGAAAGAAGCAGCAGGAGGGCCACGAGGAUCCGAGUCGUUUGCGAAUUGCAAUUGUCAACGGCGAUAAAUGCAAACCCAAAAAGUGCCGCCAAGAAUGCAAAAAAAGCUGCCCCGUCGUCCGCACAGGGAAAUUUUGCAUCGAGGUGGAGAGCAGCAGCAAGGUGGCGCUCAUCUCCGAGCCGCUGUGCAUAGGCUGCGGCAUUUGCGUCAAAAAGUGUCCCUUUUCUGCAAUUCAAAUAAUCAACUUGCCCCGCGACUUGGGCGCGGAGGUGGCCCACAGAUACGGGCCCAACCAGUUCAAGCUCCACCGCCUCCCCGUGCCGCGUCCCGGCCAGGUGUUGGGACUUGUGGGCACAAACGGCACGGGAAAAUCGACGGCCCUCAAAAUCCUCUCCGCCAAACUCAAACCCAACUUAGGUCGCUACGCAAACCCUCCGGAGUGGCGGGAAAUAGUUGCAGCUUACAGAGGGUCUGAGUUGCAAAAUUAUUUCACGAAAAUAAUUGAAGAGAAUUUAAAAGCUGUUGUCAAACCCCAAUACGUGGACUUGAUCCCCAAACAGGAGCACCCGAACUGCGCAGUGGAAACCCCUCAAAUUGGAGAUCUGCAGCUGCUUUAUAGAGCAGCAAAAAGCAAAUUUGAUGCAGCAGAAGAUUUCAAACAAAGAGCUCGAGAAGCUGUUGUUCGACUCCAGGCUGGAGAUCCUUUGGCGCGUCGAUUGUGGAGUUCAAUUUGCGAAGUGAGCCGCUGCGAAUUUGAGAAGGUUUACAGUCGGCUGGAUGUACACCUGAGAGAAAUGGGAGAGUCGGCUUACAACGAAAUGCUUCCUUCAGUUAUUCAAGAGUUGAAAGACAAAAACUUGCUGCAGGAGAGCGACGGAGCUUUGUGUCUCUUCACGGCAGCAAAUCCUGUGCCGCUAAUGGCUGUAAAAAGAGAUGGGGGUUAUGGCUAUGAUUCUACAGACUUAGCUGCCAUUCGACACAGGCUGGUAACUUGCAAGAAUGACUGGCUCAUCUACGUUACCGAUAUGGGCCAAGAAGAGCACUUCAUGAAACUCUUCGAGGCCGCCAAAAUGGCAGGUUGGUACUCCCCGGGCGCGCAGCGCUGCUGCUUCGCGGGUUUCGGAGUGGUUCAGGGUUUUGAUGGAAAGAAAUUCAAAACCCGAAGUGGCGAAGUUGUGCGACUUGUCGAUUUGCUCGACGAGGCGGUUUCCAGGGCCAAGGAGGAGCUGCAGCGCCGCGCCGCAGAGGAGCAGGCAGAAGCAGCAGCAGACGAGGCUGCUGCUGCUGCUGCUGCUGCUGCUGAUCUGGAUAAGAGGGCGCAGGUUCUGGGGUAUUCGGCAGUGAAGUAUUUCGACUUGAAGCAAAACAGAACCACCGAUUACCAGUUUUCUUACGACCGCAUGCUGGACUCGCGGGGUGCUUUAAAAAUCAAGGAGGCCAGCGAGCGGCAGCUGGCCUUUUUGCUGCUGCAGUUUCCUGAUGUUGUCUUUGGCAUUUUGGAUGACCUGCUGCUGCACAGGCAAGCAGUUGCAGCAGCAUCAGCAGCAGUGGCAGCAGCAGCAGCAAAAGCAGCAGCAAGUGUAGCUGCAGCGGCAGCAGUAGCACUAGAAAUAACUGGUGCAGCUCUGCCCGCAGCAGCACAGCUUCAGCAGCAUCGCCUCAGCCACCGCAGCAGCAGCAGCAGCAGCAGCAGCAGCAGCAGCAGCAGCAAGUGUGGGAUCGCGUUGCGUGUGGGUGUCUGCAGGUUGGCGGAGUUUGUGUACAAAACGACUUGUUUGUUUUCGGACUUUUAUAUGAAUUUAAAAGUUUUGGAUUCUGAAGAAGAGACGCAGCAAAGUCGUUUGCUGCUGUGCGAAGCCACGCGGAAAGUGCUGGAAACUGCUUUCUUUAUUCUUGGGAUUACCCCGCUGCAGCGGAUCUAA